AUUACUGAACUCAGAACGACCCGUCGACGCCCCGCGCGACGACACGGCGACGCUUGAAAUUUAAGCGUUACACGACACUCGCUCACACACAACCAACCUCGACGGUCAAAUGUCGGUCAACGUGCAAACCUCGCUCGAUCAACACGGGCUCACCGCGGAUGAACAAAUGGCGGUGUUCGCGUACAUGAACCGGUCGCAGCAGGUGAACGCGUACGAGGUGCAGCAGCACAUCGCGAACGGGACGAUUAAAUCGUUCGGUAAGGGUAUCUUGGGCGAAGCCCAGACGAAAAAGUUGAACGAGGCCAGUCGCCAGAAGAGCGCGCUCGAGAUCAUGGGCGAACACGAACGCGCGAAGCAGCGCGCGAAGGCGGAACGCAGAGCGGCGAAGGAGGCCAAGGUCGCCGCUCGCCUCGAAAGAGAAGAGUUCGAACGCACCGGCGGACAGGUCAAGAUGAGCAAGAAGGAACGAAAAAGGAUGGAGAUGGACAUGGAGGACUAAUGUAAGACGUAGUCCUCCUCGCGAUGGAAACGCGUCGAGCGACGAUUUGUCGCUCGUCGCGCGUCUUCGCGCGGCGUAUCGUACGUCUUCAAGAAUAUCCUCACAUCAACCGCACAUCUAUUCACGUUCCAACUUGCAACACAUCAACUUGGUACCUGGCCGUUAACGGUCGUUCGAACCGUCUUGCGCGACACGUUUUGCAUAGCCUUUAAGGCGGCGCGCUCGGAAACAGAGAUUUUUUAGCCCGUACGUACCACACGGGAUUGUUCGAAUUUGUAUAUCAAAUGAUUAGUUGUACAGUAUCAGUCAAGCCGCGAUAGCGAUGCGAUGCGAUGCGAUGCGGUGCGCACGAGUUUGAGCGUUUCGCGCGCGAGUAAAACUCGUC